AAUGCUACAAUGAGCUCCUUCUUAGAUUACUCUGUAAUUGGUGGCGACGGAGAUUCCUGCUCCGCCAAGACCUUCCGCCCAGAACAUGGGAUUUCAGGUUUCCAGUCGUGUUCUGUCACAGGUAAUAAUUGCGGCGAUGAAGACCACUUUAUUGCGAGCAGACUUUCACCGGGUGGCAUUCCCUCCCACACCCACCAGUCGGGAUCCUACCAAAACCACAGCUCACUAGGCUUUACAUACACCACCCACACCGGAUGUGGCUCCAGCUAUGGUACACAGAAUGUCUGUCCAAGUUACAAUCAUUAUCCACUGGGCCAGGACGUGGAUUCCAAUGUGAGCUACCCACAAUGUGCCCCCCUAGUUUACUCUGGGAACAUUUCGUCAUCCAUGUUGCAGCAUCAUCAAGGUUACAGUGGAGCGACGCUGGGGCAACUCCAGUACACUCACGCGGCAUAUGGACACGAGCAGCCGAAUCUGUCCUUCGCUGGAUGCGGGAGCCACCUGUCCCCUCUGCAUGUCGCCACUCAUGACACCUGCUGCUCUCCCUUGUCUGAAAGUUCUCCGCCGACGCAGACAUUUGACUGGAUGAAAGUCAAGCGAAACCCACCCAAGACUGGCAAAGUUGGAGAAUAUGGUUUCGCUGGCCAGCCCAAUAUGGUGAGGACCAACUUCAGCACCAAACAGCUGACGGAGCUUGAGAAGGAGUUCCACUUCAACAAGUACCUGACCCGCGCCAGGCGCGUAGAGAUCGCCGCGGCGCUGCAGCUGAACGAAACGCAAGUGAAAAUAUGGUUCCAGAAUCGCAGAAUGAAGCAAAAGAAGCGCGAGAAGGAAGGAUUGCUAUCUAAAUCUCCGUGUACUCCGACAGACAGAGAGGAGAAAGCGGAAAAGCCGUCAGGAAAAUCGCCAUCCCCCGCCACCACGCCAUCACCCGCCUCAUCCACAGCGUCUUCUAUGGCUGACCCCUACACGUCGAGCUAA